AUGACACCAUACCGUGGUGAAAGAUACCAUCUUCCGGAGUGGUUGGGGUCUAACCAAUUGCCUGGAAAUGCUCGUGAGUUGUUUAACAGGCGACAUGCCACUGUCCGUAAUGUUAUCGAACGCAGUUUUGGUUUGCUAAAGGGGAAGUUUCCAAUGAUAAAGGGGUUGAUGCCAAACUACAAAGUUCAUUCCCAAACCGACAUAGUAAUAGCAUGUUGUGUCCUACAUAAUUUUAUUCGGAUGCAUGAACCGCUGGAAAACAUGCCGCCUGAAUUCAACAACCCAGAAUACGUACGACGACAUGAUCCAACUGAUCGGACUUUCCCUUUUAUGUCGAGUAAUAACUCCAACGUCGGCGGUGGUGAGCAUUGUGUGUUGCGUGACAGCAUAGCCCAAGCGCUGUGGGAGAACCGAAGAUAA